AUGGCUACAGAAAAUCAAGGAGCAUUAUGUUGGGGCGAGCGCCUUACUGCAAGACCGUUAUCACUUCUGGGUGAAAAUGACACAACCGCCAACAGCCCCAAUAGCAAUGUGGGAAACUAUAUAGUUCGUACGGCAGCAGGCCGCUGUCCGUUUGGAGCUCAAUCUGAUGAGUUCAUGCGUGACAAAUUUCUGUUCAAUCUUAAUGAAUCAUUCAGCCAUUCUUGCGAGAAUAUUUUCUAUAGGAAUAGUCAAAGAAAGCCAGAGGACCCUCCAUUCACAUACCCUAGGCUUUGUUGUCACUCAAGCUUUGUCCUAUGAGGCAGCACAGAACACAAGUAAAAUGCUCCAACAUUGGACAACUGAAGAGCAAGUCCUCCAGGAAGUAGCAUCCAGGGAUCUACCCAAGUUAUUAGCAAGGCCGGCCAUGCCGAAUAUGAAUUUAAAGCCUUGUUGGUACUGUGACAACAAGCAAAGUCACCCUCGUGAGUUAUGCCGAAAAAUUGGCCACAUUCCCAAAGUGUGCAUGCAGGCAGCCAAGGAUAGGAAGAUCAAACAGGAACAAGUCAGGUUGCUCAACCAAGACCCACCUCGCCAUCGUUUGGAAGAAGCAGUUCAGCAUGAGCAGUGUUUUUUCAUUUCAAACCAGAAGCAGCCUGGACAGAUCUCAACCCGCCACGCCGCACCAGAAACCAGGCGGAAACAGUUAAGCCUAGUUCUCAUUCAUCGCAAACCGUCGGCGAUGGGAGCUUUGCGACGUCGGCGACCGCUUGCCAUUUAUGAGAACACAUCAAAAAUUAUAUCGCCGAUUGUCCGUAAUCGUCGCCGACCAUCGGCGAUGACAUCGCAGGAAACAAAAAAGUUUGUUUCUUGCGACCAUCCCCGACUGCCACCUGCUUGAAAAAUCUAUGAGAAAUGAGUAAAAGUUGUUUUUUCCUCUACAAGCAAGGAAAUAAUCAAUUGAAGUUUGACAGAAAUAAUGAACUUUACGUUGAAUGGGGCCAUUUUGUAGGAAAUUUGGGAAAUUUCGAAACACAUCGGCUGUCAUCUGCGACGAUCACCGAUGUAUGAGAACUUUCGUGCAUUCGCGCUCGGCGAGUAUCAGCGAUAAGCGUCGCCGAUCGUCAGUGACAGUUUGCGAUGAAUGAGAACUAGGCUUUACUUUGUACUGCUGACUCUAUCAAGACCACAAUCUGGCCAGCCUGAUGAUUCUAUAAAAGUCCCUUUUCAAAUUGAUUCAGCUGCAUCUUGUAAUACCCUUCCUGCGAAGUACCAAAAGGGUUAAUAAAUCAGACAUUCGAACCUAUCAGAAAUUGGGAGGUUGAAAAAAUUAACUGUCAUUUUUCAAAAAUUUCUAUUUUGCCCCAAGUGUUGGAAUUUUGUGGCAACUUUAAAUACUUUUGUUAAACUUUCUUUUUAAAAGGAUGAAUACUACUUAACUUAUGUUCUUCAUUGACAAUGCUAAAUUAUACUGCUGAUAAGCACACAUUCAUUUCUAAAUAAUGAAAAAGUUUCCAUUUUUAUUAAACUGAUACUCUUAAUUAUAAUGGCGCCAGUCAUUCUGAAAAAUCAGUUGGAAGUUCAAAUUUAAUCUAGAAUAUAAAUCGGGAUAGCAAUUGGAACAACAUAAUAAAUACCCAACUGCAGUUCAUAUACAUAUAAACAUUGCAAAAUUUUUAGCAGAAUCAAUCGAAUUAAUUAAGAAGGUCGAGGGUCACUUCACUCCAAAAAAGUGAAUGGGAUUUUUUUGAUUAUCAAAAUUGAAAAUAAACGUAGUGGGUUUGUUUGUUUGUUUGUUUGUUUGUUUGUUUGUUUGUUUGUUUGUUUGUUUGUUUGUUUGUUUGUUUGUUUGUUUGUUUGUUUGUUUGUUUGUUUGUUUGUUGUUUGUUGUUUGUUGUUUGUUGUUUGUUGUUUGUUGUUUGUUGUUUGUUGUUUGUUGUUUGUUGUUUGUUGUUUGUUGUUUGUUGUUUGUUGUUUGUUGUUUGUUGUUUGUUGUUUGUUGUUUGUUGUUUGUUGUUUGUUGUUUGUUUGUUGUUUGUUUGUUGUUUGUUUGUUUGUUUGUUUGUUUGUUUGUUGUUGUUUGUUGUUGUUUGUUGUUGUUGUUUGUUUGUUUGUUUGUUUGUUUGUUUGUUUGUCUGUCUGUUUGUUUGUCUGUCUGUCUGUCUGUCUGUCUGUCUGUCUGUCUGCUUGCUUGCUUGCUUGCUUGUUUGUUUGUUUGUUUGUUUGUUUGUUUGUUUGUUUGUUUGUUUGUUUGUUUGUUUGUUUGUUUGUUUGUUUGUUUGUUUGUUUGUUUGUUUGUUUGUUUGUUUGUUUGUUUGUUUGUUUGUUUAGAUAAUGAAUUUAUGGAACCUUUGCUCGUUUUUUCCGACUGCGUGCAUGUGUAAAAAAUCAAUAUUUUUCUAUUUCUUAUAGAUAUAAAUGAAUGUUUGAAUCCGAACACAUGUCAUAAUUCUGCAACAUGUACCAAUACUGUUGGAUCAUUUACAUGUCAAUGUAAUUCUGGAUAUUCUGGCGAUGGAUUUAGUUGUGUCGGUAAGUAAUACGAAAAUUGAAUUUCAAUAUAAAUUUCAACACGCGCAACUACUUGAACAAUUCGAUAUUAUCCGAAAGGGAGUUUAUGAUUAUAUAGCUGUAACAAAGAACGCGCUGCCAUAAUUCAUAGUUGGGCUUGUAGUUAAAUCAUUGGCAAAGCUAAGAAAUAAAUAAAAUAAACCGCUCAAAAAAAAUUCCCUAUGGAUUCAGAAUUAUGUUUUUUAAACAAAAAGUCUUUAUGCUUUAUUGUAAAGAGUAUUAUGGAAAUACAUAAUGAUUCUUUUAGUCGAAGGAGGUUGUAAUUUAGUUUUUGUUUAUUCAUUUAUUCGGUGCAGUAAACGGUUUAAUAAAUGUGUGUGACACUGACCACUAACGACGAGGCGUAACCAUGUCUACCACUAUAGUAUCUGCAAGUGUACUUAUACAUCUCAAAUUCAUUAAUCAAAUUCAUGAGUAAAUUAGCCAACCAUAUUGCUUUAUCUUGCUCACAUGAUAAUACUGGAUACCUGCUGAAAUACUGUAUAUUCAUUCUGUCCCAGGACUGGAUCAAAAUUAAUUCAGUCCUUGGACUGGAUCAGAAGUAAUUAAGUAUUCGUAUGAGAUGUCAUUUCAAAUCCUCCAAUUCGGACUGGACUAGAUUUCAAGUCCCCGCGUUUUGAUCCAGUCCUCGGUUUCGCCUCGGACGUGACUUGAAAUCCAAUCCAGCCUUCACAGUCGGAUUUGAAAUAUUACUUAAAAUUUACAAGAAAUUUAGAAUAUAUAAUUAAUUUCAUCGUCAACAGAUAUCAACCAAUGUUUGACCAAUCCUUGUGAUCCAAAUGCUUCGUGUGGGAAUACUCCUGGUUCAUUCACGUGCACUUGUAACUCUGGCUAUGCUGGAAAUGGACUUACUUGUUGGAGUAAGUAGCCAAAUCACAACUCGUAAAAACACUUAUAGGCCAUGUGUAUAUAACUUUAUAAAUACUAAUUAAUUGAAUAAUAACUUUUGCAAGGUCCUCUGUAGCUGCGAACGUAGCUGAUCUUGACAGGAUGAACAGCAGUUACACUAUAAGAGUUACUACUGACAACUAUAUUGAUUUCUUGACGAGAACUCAUUGUGCAUGGGAACUAGCACAGAAGCUGAAUUAGCACAGAAGCACACUUAAGAGAGUCUUAGUUAAGAUAUACAUAUAGAAUAAACAUAUAGUAGGCCUAUAAUUAGGAAACUAAUAUCAGAGUUGUAAAGGUAAAUUAGUCUUGUCUAAGUAUAGGUAAUAUUAGUAAGCACAAUAUCUCGUGCAAUGUGUCAUGACAAGUGAGCUGAAUAAUGUGAAUGUAAGUUCUCUUUCACGAAUCAGCCAGAAUCAUGGCCACAGUUAAUGCGGAGAGACUUUAAUGUUGACCAGGACUUUGAAAACUUUGGAAAUAUAUUAAAUUUGAAAAUAAAUUGUACGCCUGGAAAAUACUUAAAACAUUAAGUGCAUUACUUUAAUGUAAAAAAAUUAUUUUAAUUAGAAUUAGUGCUUUCUGAUGAUAAUUAUAUUCAUGAAGAAUGUCUUUGACGGGUCAUGAAAAAACACGAUUACUCUAGGUUAAUUCAGAAUUUCUUGGUGUAAUGAGUUUGUUAUAAUUUCAGAUAUCAAUGAAUGUGUAACGUUGAGUCCUUGUAGUCCAGAUGCAACUUGCCAAGACACCCCUGGUUCAUUUACAUGUACCUGUAACGUUGGUUUCACUGGAAAUGGACUUAAUUGUUCUGGUAAGUUGUUGUUUUGUUUCACAUGGGAAGAAAUUGACGAAUCAGGAACAGCGGUAAUCCCCAGUUAGUCAGAAGACAUUUCCUUGGGGCUUAAGGAGAUUUUAAUGUUGGAGAGAAGAGCUUCAUAGAGAGAAAAGUUUAUUUGUUUGGUCGAAAAUGCAGUAAAGUGCACGAGUGACGUAAUCUUGAAGGUCUGUGCCAAUGUUAUAGUAGCGAUGUCAAAAGACAGCUGCGUGAGAAUUGAGAAGGUUACAAUUUGAUCAGAACUUCGACGUUUCGAGCGAAGGCUCUUCUUCAGGAAGUUAGAGUGUUGAUCGGGAAAAUUACAUGUGUUUUUAUACUAGGCAAUAUAUAAGUGAUCACGUCACAAUAAAUAUCACCUUAUUCCAGACUUGUUUGUGCGAUGUUACUCAGAGUGUAUAUCCACACCGGGGAGGCUUGAAAAACAUGCCCGGCCACGGCGGGAUUCGAACCUACGACCUUUGGAAUACUAGCCCAAUGCUCCUCCAACUGAGCUACGCGGAUCUAUUCUUCUUAUUCACCUUUUCUUCUUAUUCACCUGAGUACAUUACACCAACACAGCAGAUUUCAUGAUUAUUCCAGACUUGUUUCAUAUAUCAUUUGUAGUUUUCCGUAUAUUUGUAUUAAUAUAUUUUGUAAUGUGAUUUAAAUAUUUGUCUACACUUUGUUUGGACUAAAUCCAUCUGAUUGUUUUUUUGUCACGUGCAGCAUGAUCGCUUUCAUAUUUAGUAGUUUACUAGUAUAAAAGCUCUUUUCCUAUCCAUGCUACUAACUUCUCAACGAAGUGUCUUCGCUCGAAACAUCGAAGUUCUGCUUAUAUUUUUCAGCUAGUUGUAUCUCUCUCAAUUUGCUGCAGUAACAAUGAACUGUUUCAGGGCAUUUAAUAAAUAUAAUCAAUACGGCAUGUUUUUCUUUCAUGUAAGGAAAUAAGACCCCUAUCUUAAUACAGGGUUCUUAGUAUGAAGUGUUUUUAAGUUGUAAUUACAAGUUACUUUUAGUUUUUGUUGGAAGUGUUCACUAUUUUAUCUUUACAUUUCACUUUCUUUUUAGAUAUCAAUGAAUGUCUUACUACUCCUUGUGAUACAAAUGCUCAAUGUACAAACACGCGUGGCUCUUUCUUGUGUCAAUGUAACUCUGGAUUUGCGGGGAAUGGAUUCACUUGCGUCA